UUCCUCCUCCUUGGUGGGGCAGCUGCUCAGAGAGCCCAGAGCCAGAGAGCCAGUUGAGUCAGCCUUAGUCCCUCACGGCUCUUCUCCCAGUCCCUGAAACUCAGCUGCCAGAGUCACCCUCCAAAGGGGUCCCCUACCUCACCCUGGACCCCUGCAGGGAGCCACGUGUGCCCAGUAGGGGCACGACCCCCAGCUGAUGCCCCUCAGGGGCCACUCAUCUCAAGAGGGACCCUGGGCCCUGCCCUCCCUCCCCAUGGCACAUGGGCUGGAGUCUGAAGCUGACAGGCUGCUGGACCUCAGCUUCCUGACCGAGGAGGAACAGGAGGCCAUUGCUGAUGUCCUGAAACGAGAUGCCCACCUGCGCCAACUGGAGGAGGGCCGGGUCAGCAAGCUCCGGGCCUCACUGACAGAUCCUGGGCAGCUGAAGAUCCUGACAGGAGACUGGUUCCAGGAAGCACGCUCCCAACGGCACCACCAUGCCCGCCUCGGCUCUGACCUUGUCCGAGCCUCCAUCCGCCGGAAGAAGAGCUCCAGGGGAGACCAGGCUCUGGGCAGCGAUGGGGAGGCUGAGGCUGUCGGGAAUGAACAAGAAGAGCUGGAGUCCAGGCUCUCCAAAGACGAGGACCCCCAAGAGAAGCUCAGUGAGGCUGAGGGACCUAGUCUUCCCUCACCAUCUGCCCCCCGCAAAGUUUCAGAUCAUGAGGCAGAGCCCAAAGCCCAGGAAGCCCCAGGCCUAGGGGGCGCGCAGGUCAACGCAGAGGAGGCGGACCCGGAGCCGGAGCCCGCGUCGCGGGGAGAGGAGCCGCGGCCCUCCCCAGCCCAGACCGAGGCAGCGUCCGAGACCCUGGAGAACGGGGAAGAGGCCCCGGGGCCGGGUCCCUCACUCGACCGCAUGCUCAGCAGCAGCUCCUCGGUAUCCAGCCUCAACUCCUCCACGCUGAGCGGCAGCCUGAUGAGCCUGUCGGGGGAGGCGGAGGUGGGCGCGGUGCAGGUGUGCGGCUCGGUGCACUUCGCGCUGCGCUACGAGCCGGGCGCCGCAGAGCUGCGCGUGCACGUGAUCCAGUGCCAGGGCCUGGCCGCCGCCCGGCGCCGCCGCUCGGACCCCUACGUCAAGAUCUACCUCCUCCCGGAUAAGCAGAGCAAGCGCAAGACGGCGGUGAAGAAACGGAAUCUGAAUCCGGUUUUCAACGAGACUCUCCGGUACUCCGUCCCGCAGGCCGAGCUCCGGGGCCGCGUGCUGAGCCUGUCCGUGUGGCACCGCGAGAGCCUGGGUCGCAACAUCUUUCUGGGCGAAGUCGACGUGCCCCUGGACACGUGGGACUGGGGCUCUGAGCCCACCUGGCUCCCCCUGCAGCCCCGGGUGCCUCCCUCCCCUGACAAGCUUCCCAGCCGCGGGCUGCUCUCUCUGUCCCUCAAGUAUGUCCCCGCGGGCUCCGAAGGAGCGGGACUGCCGCCCAGUGGGGAGCUGCACUUCUGGGUGAAGGGUGCCCAGGAGCUCGUGCCGCUGCGCCCAGGAUCUCUGGAUACUUAUGUGCAAUGCUCGGUGCUGCCAGAUGACAGCCGGUCCAGCCGCCAGCGGACAAGGGUGGUACGCCGCAGCUUCAACCCCGUGUUCAACCACACCAUGGUUUAUGAUGGCUUCGGGCCCGCCGACCUGUGCCAGGCCUGCGCUGAGCUCUCCCUCUGGGACCACGGGGCCCUGGCCAGCCACCAACUCGGGGGCACACGCCUCAGCCUGGGUACUGGAAGCAGCUACGGGCUCCAGGUACCCUGGAUGGAUUCCACGCCUGAGGAGAAGCGGCUGUGGCAGGCACUCCUGGAGCAGCCCUGUGAGUGGGUGGAUGGCCUCCUGCCCCUCAGAACCAACCUGGCCCCUAGGACAUAGCUGCCCCACAAGCCCUACCAAACCUCUCUCUCUGGACCCCCAUCUCAGGGCCUGCCCUUGGUUGAAGUCAAUAAAUUCUGUUCUAAGGACAAGAAGGGGCUGAUGUCUGCUGG